GAUAUGGAAGCGCUGCACCAAUGUAUGAUGGUGUAGGUGGGGCUGGUCCUGGGGAGUUUGGUGGUGGAUACGGAAAUUCUGGAGGCUACAGAAUGCCACCUGGUGGAAUGGGGCUGCCGAGUUCGGGUGGUUAUCCAGAUGGUGGGAACUAUGGGCUUCAAUCGGGAUAUCCUCAGCCAAACCACCCCUCUGGACCCGGUCCCAGGCUUCCAGCUUACCAGGGAAUGCCACCAUAUUGAGGUUUUGUUCUUGCCAUCAGCCCUGGUGGCAUUAACAUUGUUGGCGUUGCCGGAAUCAGUCGCCUCAAAUAUCCCGCGAAGCAAUACUUCUUCCAGUAUCAGCAGAUUCAAAAGCAGGAAGGCAGCAGCCAACAGCUGCAAUCUCUUCCAGGGAAAAUGGGUUGUCGAUCCUUCAUAUCCUUUCUACCAAUCCUCCACCUGCCCCUUCAUCGACCCUGAAUUCGACUGCAUCAAGUAUGGCCGCCCCGACAAGCAGUACCUCAUGUUUUCCUGGAAGCCCGACUCCUGCAACCUCCCCAGAUUUGAUGGAUUAGAUUUUCUGAGAAGAUGGAGAGGGAAGAAGAUAAUGUUUGUGGGCGACUCGCUGAGCCUGAACCAGUGGCAGUCGCUGGUCUGUAUGAUCCACGCCGCUGUGCCGAAUGAUUCGACCAUUGCCUAUGUCAGACAGUCCUCACUUUCCUCCGUGACAUUCCAGGAGUAUGGGGUGAGCCUGUUGCUGUACAGAUCGCCCUAUUUGGUGGACAUUGCAAAAGAAAGCAUUGGGAGAGUGCUGAAACUGGACUCCAUCGAACAGGGCAGUGCCUGGAAAGGAAUGAACAUGCUCGUCUUCAACACGUGGCAUUGGUGGACUCACACUGGAUCCGCUCAGGCAUGGGACUACAUACAGGAUGGCUCCACCAUAUCCAAGGACAUGGACCGUCUCCUUGCCUUCUACAAGGGCCUUACAACGUGGGCCAGGUGGGUUGACCUUAACGUUGACCCUGCCUUAACUAAGGUCUUCUUCCAGGGGAUUUCUCCAACUCACUAUCAGGGUAGGGAUUGGAGUUCGGCUUCGAGGAACUGCAACGGCGAGCAAGAACCGUUGGCGGGGUCCACGUAUCCUGCCGGGACGCCGCCGGAAGUCGAGGUUGUCAACAAGGUGUUGAGCAGAAUUAAGAAACCUGUGUUCUUGCUCGAUAUUACGACGUUGUCUCAGCUAAGGAAAGACGCCCACCCUUCGGGUUAUAGCGGCGAUCACACUGGUGUCGAUUGCAGCCACUGGUGCCUCCCCGGACUGCCGGAUACGUGGAACCAACUUCUCUACGCGGCGCUUGUGAUGUGAUUAUGAUUGUUAGUUUGAUUUUUGUUGUUUGAACUGAAGAAUUGUAAGCAUCCAUAUAUGGCUUGUCCUAACUACAGUUUCUUACACUGGCUUGUCCUAACUACAGUUUCUUACACAAACACAAGGUGUAAUACAUUCGAAUUAUCUUGCUUUUGCUCUUAA